AUGUCUUCCUAUCACGUCUUUUUUUUUUGUCUCGUCAAUGUAAGUUCGGAUUUUACCUCUUUCUCCAAACUUCUCUGGAGCUCACAACAUUUUAAUUUUCAUUAUCUAUCUAUCUAUCUAUCUAUCUAUCUAUCUAUCUAUCUAUCUAUCUAUCUCAUUCUGUUCAGAACUAUCUAUCUCAGUCUGUUCAAAUCUAUCUAUCUAUCUAUCUAUCUAUCUAUCUAUCUAUCUAUCUAUCUAUCUAUCUAUCUAUCUCAUUCUGUUCAGAACUAUCUAUCUCAGUCUGUUCAGAUCUAUCUAUCUAUCUAUCUAUCUAUCUAUCUAUCUAUCUAUCUAUCUAUCGUUUUAUUCAUUCACUUUAUCCCACUAUAUGCCAUACUUUCUUUCUUUCUUUUUGUCUUUCUUUCUUCUUUUCACUUUUUCUCUUCACUCCAUUAUCUCUCUUUGUCUCUUGCCAUUUUGUUUUUCUUUAUCAUUCUUUUCUAUCUCUAUUGUUUUCCCUCCUCUCGCCCUGAAAUUGUCUUUAAAUCGCUAUUUCAUUCUCCCGAAAUUUGUCCCACCCUACUCAAUGCCCGCAAAUUAUCCAGCAAAUUAGUGACCCACACAUCCUCUCUUCCUCUCCCUCUCAGGCAGCGAUCCAUCUUGCUGACCAUACAACAUGUAAACGAUGUCCCCCCCCUUUCCACGUCGUCUCCUGCAUUUCCCACAACACUGUUUACAUCUGCCGAUUUACAAGACGGCCAAGAAAAGUUAUUUGCAUGA